CCACACUUACACGUUGGAACAAUGUGGUAUUUACAACAAAUGCAUUAUGGCAACUAUCGCGCUUAUUGGAACAUGUGAUACGAAACUUGAAGAGGUGUUAUUCUUACGGGAAGAAAUCAUCAAGGGCAGCUCAGACAUCAAUGUCACACUGAUCGAUGUUGGAGCACGCACUACCAAACACAAUUCAAUCAACCAUCAUGUCAAUUACUUUACAAGCACUAGCGAUGCUUCAGCACGGAAAGAGACCAAUACAAGAGGCGAAGUUCUCUCGGAAAUUAGCGCAAAUGCCAAAAAACUUGUCCAGAAACUUUUCAAUGAAGGCUCGAUCCACGGCAUAAUCGCCGCCGGUGGUUCUGGAGGUACGUCCAUAGCAGCUACAGUCAUGCGAGAGGCAUUGCCGAUCGGAAUUCCAAAAUUUAUCGUCUCGACGGUGGCAAGUGGCGAUACGGGUCCCAUUGUUGGGGAGACAGAUAUCACUCUCAUGUAUUCCGUUGUCGACAUUUCCGGUCUGAAUCAAUUACUCCGGACCGUAUUGCGCAAUGCAGCUGCUGCUAUAACAGGAAUGGCGAAGUCAUAUGCAUCAAAUAGUAAGAUUUCAGAGUCACGAACAAAGAAACGCGUUGGGAUUACAAUGUUCGGCGUCACAACACCAGCUGUCGAUGUCAUCAGAUCACACUUGGAGCAAAAUUACGACAUCGAAGUAUACGUUUUUCAUGCCACCGGCCAUGGUGGAAAAGCUAUGGAAAGACUUGUUCGCGAAGGCGGUUUAGAUGCAGUUCUGGAUCUCACGACGACAGAGAUAUGUGAUCUGUUGACCGGGGGCGUGAUGAGUGCAGGUCCGAAAAGACUCGAGGCCGCCGCCGAAACGGGGAUGCCAUACAUUGUGUCUGUUGGUGCAACAGAUAUGUCAAAUUUUGGGCCAAGGAGUACAGUUCCAGAGAAGUACAAGGAUCGAAAAUUAUACGAACAUAACGCUGUUGUCACAUUGAUGAGAUCGUCUGAGGAGGAAUCAAGGAAGGUCGGAGAGUUUAUUGCUGACAAGUUGAAGAGAUAUACGAAGGCACCAAACAAAGUGCAAGUGUGGCUACCAGAAGGAGGAGUGAGUGUCAUAUCGAUACCUGGAGGGCCUUUCGAUGAUCAAAAAGCAAACGAUGCGUUAUUCAGUGCAGUCAUGUCAGGACUAGACGAUAGUAAGAUCGACGUUAUCACCGACAAACGCGCUAUCAAUGAUGCGGGGUUUGCAAAGGAUAUUGCGGAAGCCUUGGUAUACAAGAUGGGUCUCAGCCGUAGCUAGCCAUUGUGAAGUUGGAGGUACAGGGGACACAUUUCAUGUAGUGAACUACUGCACGAUGAAGGCCGUAAAAUGGUAUCAUCUACAUGCAGUGUCGGCAUUAUAUUGCUGAGAUGCUAUCUACAUGGUGAUUCAUCAAGGAAGCCGAUCCUAUCUUGCCAAAUUAUCCCAAUCGGCGACACUGUCAUCUAUACCUUCUCAAUGUGCUCACUUGGCUCCUUAUCGUCGU